GAAGGUGGUUUGCUUAGGCAGGAAGGACUAUAACUCCCAGAGUGCACCUGUGCGGUUGCCAGGAGCAACCAAGGAAUGCAGACUAACAGCCCAGCUAGAGUCAGGGCUAUUGAGGACUGCGGGCCAGCCAGCCAUGGGGCAGGAUUAUUACGCUAUACUCCAUGUCACUCGCAAUGCAGAGGAUGCCCAGAUCAAGAAGGCGUACCGGAAACUUGCUCUUAAGAACCACCCACUGAAGUCCAUGGAGCCGGCCUCAGUGGAGAUAUUCAAGCAAAUAGCGGAGGCCUACGACGUGCUGAGCGACCCUGUGAAGAGAAGCGUCUAUGACAAGUUUGGAGAAGAGGGUCUGAAGGGCGGGAUUCCUCUGGAGUUUGGGUCCGAGACCCCUUGGGCAACUGGUUACGUCUUCCAUGGCAACGCUGAAAAGGUUUUCCAUGAGUUCUUCGGAGGAAACAACCCCUUUGGUGAGUUUUUUGAUGCAGAAGGACAAGAGGUGGAUUUGAACUUUGGGGGGCUCCGGGGCCGAGGGGUCAAGAAACAGGACCUCCCAAUAGAAAGAGACCUCUACCUAUCCCUGGAGGACUUAUUUUUUGGCUGCACCAAGAAAAUCAAGAUCUCCCGCAGGGUGCUGAACGAGGAUGGGUAUUCCUCUACCAUCAAGGACAAGAUCCUCACAAUUGAUGUGAAGCCUGGUUGGAGGCAAGGCACACGGAAAACCUUUGAGAAGGAAGGUGACCAGGGCCCCAACAUCAUCCCAGCAGACAUCAUCUUCAUCGUAAAGGAGAAGCUACACCCUCGCUUCCGCAGGGAGAAUGACAACCUCAUUUUUGUGAACUCCAUCCCCUUGGGCAAGGCUCUGACCUGCUGCACCGUGGAGGUGAAGACCCUAGAUGACCGGCUGCUCAACAUCCCCAUCAAUGACAUCAUCCAUCCUAAGUACUGCAAGAAGGUGCCAGGUGAGGGGAUGCCGUUGCCUGAGGACCCCACCAAGAAGGGGGACCUCUUCAUCCUCUUCGAAAUCCAGUUCCCCACCCGCCUCACACCCCAGAAGAAGCAGAUGCUGCGCCAGGCAUUGCUGACGUAACUGGUGGGCUGGGGGCUGCAGCAGGGGUCAGAGGAGGCUUGCGGCCUUAUCCCACUUCUUCCCACAGCCUCGGGUGCUCAGGGAAGCCAGCCCACUACACAGGUGUGACAGGAGGAUGGGCUGACAAAUAAAGACUUAUUUGCUAUC